GUCCUGCUGCUCGCCCUUUGAUCGAAGCCAGAAACAAGGUUGUAGUCCGUUUUCAGGUGCUCUUUCACUAGAAAAUCAAGCACAAUGGAAGGUGAUCAUGCCAACAACUUGAACAACCACAUCAACGGAGCGCUCAACCUUGAAGGAUCCAACACUGCUGAUGACACUGAUUUUCAGCAAAAUGUUCCUGCCAACAACGAUAAGAUUGCCAAUGAAGACUUGACCGAGGUUGCUGAUGACUAUGAACAUCCUCAAGAAGGCUUGGCUUUACGCCUUGCUCGUGAUGGCUCUACAGUUGCUUCCUUUUCAAGCACCAUCGAGGUUGGAGAUUCAUCCUCGGGCGAUGAAUGGGCCAUAGCUUCCAUAAGUAUGGCUCCGCCAGAGGGAGAAUCGGAAGGGAUCUCCACUGGCGAAUCAGCAUCAUCAAUAUCGGCUGUAAACCAAGCCAGUGGACAGGCAGAAAGCAGAACCCUAUUGGGAGUACAAGAUUCUUCCCCAGCACCGGAAGCUGCUAUUGGACUGUUAGACUUGAACCCCUCUGAUGAAAUUGGGGGACGUAACCGCAUGAUGGUGCCUAAUCCAAUAGAGUAUCAUCAACAUGAGUCCCUUGCGCCUCCGCAGUACUCGGAUAUCCUAGGGAGUCUCUCCCAUCCCCAGGUGCAACCUGUACUACCUCCCUCGUUAGAGAAUGGCAGCCCCUCCUUAAUGGAAAGCCAUAGCUAUGUCAUCGCACUCCCUGCUCCAACUUCCUCCCUUGUUGGUGGACCAUCGGUACGCAGGUCCUCCCUCACUCCCCAACAUGCAAACCAUUGGAGAAGAGGACCGAGCAACACUAUUACAAGGAUGGAAACUCAACCUUCUUUUGCCUCCUUGACAUCUUCAGUUCCUAUGACUCCUGCUGAGUUUUCCGAGUUUUCCAUGGCGUACAUAAGUGAGAGGUAUGAGCAAGAGCUCGCAAACGGGAUGACAGAUGAGGAGGCUCGCUACUUCUUUAAUGAUGACAUUGAUGAAAACGAGGAAGUAGAAGGAGGACAGUCUAUUGAAGAAGAAGUUGCUGGAGGAGAAGAGGUUGCAGAGCCGACGACAGAGAGACAAAUGGAACUGGUCAACCGGUACAAUAGGAUUUUCCGGACAGUCGAGCUCCCGACCCCUGAUUAUGAUCCUACUGUGAGAGCCCGACUCGUCUCCGAGGUUAAUAUUGCCAUCGCAGAAGCAUACAGAACUGGUUCUCUCCGUGCCGAGGAUAUUCGGUCCAUUCAAACUCCGAUGUUAGUUCGUGUUCCAGGAGAGGCGCCUGAUGCACAUGCAACUUUGCAUUUCAAUGCGGACAACAUGUCUUAUGAGGUAAAAGACCCAGAGGCGUUUCUCUGGCCAGUUGCGUCCGACAUUAAUUUCAUGGAUUAUUGCACUAGUAAGUAA